AUGUCAUCGACCUCCGGGCCCCAGCGUCGAAGCCGGCCCUCUCGCCCGCCCGCCGCAAUCCGCGACAAGGCCCUCGCGGACGGCAAGAAGGCUGGCGCCAGGGGGCGCCACUCCGGCCGCGAUCCGCCGACCGUCAGGCCGCCGCUGCACGACGCGAAUGCCAGGAGCGGAGGCGCGAAGCCCGACGGGCGGAAGCGUCCUCACGCGCCGGCGCCCCCGGCCCCGGGACCGAACGCGGCCGGCGUCGAGGUCGCGGCGCCCUCCAGGGGCGAAGCGCCUUCCGAGGGCGCCUGCGGGGGCCGGUGGAAACUCAGCGACUUUGAGAUCAGCAGGCCGCUGGGACACGGCAAGUUUGGGAACGUGUACCUGGCGAGCGAGAAGAAGAGCGGCACGCUGGUGGCGCUGAAGGUCAUUUUCAAAUCUCAGAUCGAGGGUGAAAAGGUCAGGCAGCAGAUGCGUCGAGAGGUGGAGAUCCAGUCGCACCUCAACCACCCCAACAUUCUUCGCAUGUAUGGCUACUUUUACGACCAGCAACGUGUUUACCUUGUGCUUGAAUACGCAAAGGGGGAGCUGUUCCAGGAGUUGCAGCUACAGAAGACUUUCUCUGAGAGCAUAUCUGCCACGUACGUAGCCUCUCUGGCACGUGCACUGCAAUACCUCAAAGCCAAGCACGUCAUCCAUAGGGACAUUAAGCCGGAGAACCUUUUGGUGGGGCUGGAUGGCCGCCUGAAGCUUGCAGACUUCGGGUGGUCUGUUCAUGCGCCCAAGAGCCGGCGCAAGACCCUGUGUGGCACACUAGAUUACCUGUCACCAGAGAUGGUGAGGGGCAAGCCUUAUGACAGUUCCAUCGAUGUCUGGAGCUUAGGCAUCCUUAUGUAUGAAUUCCUGUUCGGCAAGCCUCCUUUUGAGUCACCCAAUCACCAGCACACCUACCGGCGAAUCAGGGAGGCGGACCUCAGGUGGCCCAAACAACCUGCCAUCAGUGAAGAAGCCAAGGACCUCAUCCGAAAGUUGUUAACUCCAGACCCAGAUAAGCGGCUACCAUUGGAUGAUGUUGUGACUCACCCUUGGAUUCAGGCGAAUAUGGACCCUGCAAGUCUUGACGCAUGUCAAUGA